AUGUCAGCGUCCCGGAUGGUGCCGGCCGAUUUUGAGCUCGGAUCAGCUCUUGGUGCGGGAUCCUUCAGUAAGGUGGUGACAGCCAGCCACGUACCAACCGGACGGCGCUAUGCGAUCAAGGUGGUUUCAAAGCAACAGAUCUGUACCGCUCCCUCCGAUGAAGAAAAGAGGCGUAUGGCAGAAGUGGCCAUAAGAGAGGCCCGCAUGCUUCGUAUGUGCAGCCACCCCAACAUUGUCCGGUUCCACGCCUCAAUGCAAGGUCCGCAGGACCUUAUGUACGUAACGGAACUUUGUGACGGGGGGGAGCUACUCGAAGCUAUCAAAGCGUGGGGAACAAUACCCCUUGAGGCUGCACGCCACGUCCUCGCCGAGCUUUUUUCGGCUAUAUGGUAUUUGCAUCAUGCACCGAAACACACACAGCCCGGAGUUCCUGAUGCCCCCCUUGAGUCAAUAACAAUAUUACAUAGAGAUAUAAAACCCGAAAAUAUUAUGCUGAUGAGCGAUAGGCACGUCAGGCUCAUUGACUUCGGUACGGCGGUGGUGUGUCGGUCGGUUGACGAACGGCCGGAAGGUGAACACAGUAGCAAAGGAAGGGCGAAGACAUUUUGUGGUACAGCACCUUACAUGUCACCUGAAUUGUUACGGAACAACUACACUUGCACUGCUUCUGAUUACUGGGCCUGUGGUUGCGUGUUAUACCACAUGCUGGUGGGCAAGCGUCCUUUUGAUGGAUCAACGGAGUACUUUCUUAUACAGAGUAUCCUCGAAAAGGAACCCGAGUAUCCCGAGGACUUAGACGACGACGCGAAGGAUUUGAUACACAGGUUGCUGUCAAAAUCACCGGAUGAACGACCCGGUCGUGAAGAGGUGCAAAAUCAUCCAUUUUUUGUGAGUAUUGAUUUUGAUGGUCUCGCAACGAAGGAAGUGGCCCCUUUUUGGGUGAGGAACGUUGAGUGGGAGCCCAAUUCCCUAUUUAGCACCUGCGUAGUCUGUAGAAGGGCGUUCUUCCUCUGGAGGCGUCGCCGCCACUGUCAUAAUUGUGGGAAGUUGGUUUGUAGUUCCUGCUCCGCGAAUCAUAUUACCAUACCUGGUUGUUCCAGCGCCUCCCCUGAGAGGGUUUGUGAUUCUUGCUUUGGCAAGAUUAGGGGGGAUUGA